GAUCUCACGAAACAAAUUACACGUCUCCAAGAUGACACGAUGGUACCAGCCCUCAAGAUACACUUUUUUAUGCCACGCAAUCUCGUUCCUAAAUUAAUUUCAAUGCUCGUCCCGAUUUUACUGUACGGCGGGGCAUUACGCUGAUCGAACGUAUCGCGCUGACGAAGUAGAAUAAAGAAAUAAUUGCCGGGUGCAUACAACGAUAGUUGAAAUUCUUCUACCUCUACGCGGCGCUGAAACGUAUGGGAAAGAGAAAGAAAAGGCGAUUUCAUAUCACUCCCUCCACUAGAAUAGAUUGACGAGCUCUCCCGAUGGACAACGGACGUAAAAGCCUGGAAAGCCUGGUCCACAAAGAGUACUCAGCCUCAAACGCCGGGAUACCUAUAGCUAUUUCGGGAACGAUCGGCGUCUACGGAGUCUGAAGCACGAUCAACCAAACCGUGCGGGAUUGUUCCCCCGGCGACGGUCAUCCUUGGUCCCUCUAUCGCCGUCAUUCGGGGCGUCCAUCCGACGGAUGUACGCUCAACCGGCCCCCUCACCCUCCGCUCCGGCUCGGCCACCCUUCCGACGGUACGUGGAGCCGCCGCGACGAAGGGGAAGAGGGUUGCUCGUUGCGGCGCGCCUGCGUCGAGUCCUCAAUGACGACUCGGCGAGGUAGGUGCUCGACCCGGACGCAGUUGGGAGAAAACAAGCGGCAGGCAGCCCGCCGUUCCCGCGUAACGUGGGCUUUUCCCCGUCGUCGGGUCGUUUCGGUGAGAGUGUGAGGGAUCGCGGCGCGGCGAGAACGAGGAGCUGGGAGAGCCCGGGAUCGUCAGUUUGGCUCACGGUGCUCGUGGCGCGAGAAAUGUGAAGAUGCGGUGAUCGCCCGUGGUUGAGACCUGAACGAUGGUGACGCGCGAAGCUCGGCGGGGCGCAGCGGAUAUGAUAGCGUGGAGAAAAAACUGACGUUCGAUAAUACGGCGAGCGUUAGGUUCGUUGAACCCUUUCGUGGAUCCACGGGUGCCUGCGGCUGAUGCGAUUCGAGUGCGCACGAGAGUGUGUCGGGUCCACGGCUGCCGCUGCGGCGGGCGAUGAUGCGCGUCGUCUGAUUACGCGCGGAUUCGUACCCCACGCGUAUCGAAUCGGCGCCGAUAUUCGCGCGCGAGGCGCUUAUGGCCAUUUGAUUUCCAGAGACCGUCCCUCGACACUUCUGUCCACUCGCGUGUAUGUUUGCCCUGCGUGUGUCGCGUUGUUUCCGGCGCACCUGGAUGUGGCGCCGAGGAAGACCCGACGGCAGAUGCACGCUUGAAGAGAGAACGAGAGAGCGAGCACGUCGGCCUCCGUAUAGUGCAGUGUGUGUUUGGGGGCUUUUAUAAAACGCCGAUUGCAUGUGGGUCACGAGUUGCAUUCGUCCCAGCUAAUGAGAUAAAAGGUCCGCCGAGCUAAGAGGAAGAAAAUGUGGAGCUCGGUUACCGCGGCUGGCAUUGAAAAUGGACCAGCACCACCUUCGAGGAGUAAGCACAGUGCCACCUUACUUGCCGGUCACGUAUACCUUCUCGGAGGCCGAAAUGGAAACCUACCUCUCAAAGAUCUUUGGCGAUACAGCCUUGCGGAGAGCAAGUGGGAGGAAUUGCAUCCGGGCGGCGAGCGGCCGCCGGCUCUCCAGGAACACAGCGCGGUGGCGUAUAAGGAUUGCCUCUACGUUUUCGGCGGCGAGCUGGGCUUUUCUGCUGGUACGGAAACGCCACUCUGGGUCUACAACGUCAAGACAAACAUAUGGAGGAAGGUGAGAGCUCAACGGGGCUGUGUGAUUCCUAGAGGCCGAAGAGGUCACAGCGCCUUAGUACAUCGCGGACAGAUGCUCAUAUACGGCGGUUAUCAGGACUUACGUGGAAGCUCCUCUGAACUGUGGGCCUUUCAUUUCGAAACUGAGUCUUGGCAUCUGCUUUCGUCGAGCGAAAGCGGGCCGGCUGCGAGGCACAAGCACUCAGCGGUUCUGCACGGUGAUGCAAUGUAUAUUUACGGCGGCAUGACGGAUCUUCAAGAAAGGAACGACUGCUGGCGAUGGGACGUCAACAGCUCUUCGUGGUCUAUGCUGAAGAAUAAACCAGGCCCUGGACCUCUUCACGGCCACGCCGCAUGCAGAUUGCCAAGUUGCAUGCUGAUCUUCGGCGGUGAGAGCGGCGGUUUGGCGACAAACGAGCUUUGGCGAUUUCAUUUUGGUACAGAAACAUGGGAAAAACUGUCGGUAUCAGGACCGAAACCGCAGCCGAGAGCUGAAAGCGUCGCUCUCGCAGUGUCCGAACUGCUGAUUCGCGGAACAGGCGUAGACAAUUCAAAACCGAGGCCGAGAAGCCAAAGGCCUAGGCUCUCGAGCAAUAGAAUAUCGCCAAACGAGACACCCUCGGCCAGACCCAGCUUUCUCAGGGAAAUUUCCAAAUUGUCGCAAAUAAAUCUGUCGAGGCUUAGUCAUCCGACGAAGUGCAGUUAUUCAGUUCUCAGUGGACACGAUGACAAUGAAGAGAGCCCCCAAGAGGCCUGCAUGCAGGCAAACACAUACUAUCCUUUUCAGCAAGUGGACGUCGAGGUGAUCGAACCCUCCACGGGAAUGGUGAAAUCUCGCAGUGCCAACACGCUGGCCCGCCGAAGACAAAAAGCGUCAGAGGUAACGGCGAGGGCGAUUGACGUUAGCAAUACUAGCAAUACUUCUGGUAUGACCAGAGAUCCUAUUUCGGUGCCAAACUUUCGUGCUUUGACGUUACCAACUCCUGUUCUCACGCCUGUAGAGGCCGCUAGAUUGGUCUUCGUAGAUCCGGAUGAAAAUAGCGACAAUGAGGAGCGCAAGGAACCGCCCACGUCGAGGCUGAUUGAAGUUCAAGAGGAAAGACGAGAUUUUGCAGCGGUACACCAAGCCUGUCAGCCCACCCGCGGCGAGAGUUACAGCUCGCAUCUUUACGAAGCCGCUCUGCAAACGCCAAAAACUCCGACGACGACGAAGAUCCCUACCUCCGCAUCCGUUCGUUUCGCCGACCUCGAGGAGGGUGAGGAAUCGACGUCGGAUUACGCGAGUAUCGAGGCGAGAAGUCCGGGCGAUCCCCUUGCAGAAGACGAUUGGGUGUCUGGAAGAAGAUCGAAGCCGCACAGGCCGAUUGUCUCUUCGUCGACGAUACGAGAGGGUCAAUUCGGUUUCUGUAACCCGAACUACCUUGGCCUUGAUGAAACAAAGUCUGGCCAUCACCACCAUCACCACCAUCAUCCGCAACAACAGCAACAACAGCAGCAGCAGCAGCAGGACGGAAAGUAUGCCAAGUUACUCAACAGCCCACCCGAUAGCGUAUUGGAAGACGAACCUGGAAGAUCGGCUUCGCAGACAUUCGCGGAGCUUUUGGAGCUUCAGGAAAUUAGAAGGGUGCCCCGAGCGCCACCGAAGAGUUUGCCGUUGGGUUCGCCGUCGAGAAGAGCGGUGAGCGCGUCGAGGGCUGAGAGGCAGAGGGCAAAAGUAGCGGCGGUAGAUGCAACCGAUGCAAAAACAUCUUCCUACGGACCGGCACCCUUGUAUGUUUUUUUGGUUGGCGGCAAAGAAAAGGGUCAAGUCACGGUGUUCGCCAGGCCGGUUUCUCUUUGGAAAUUACAACUAGCUCCGCAUAUCUUCUAAGGAUGACCGAUGGUCCACUUUAGCUGAGUCAUCCGCGCACUGUUAGUGACAAGAAAGAGCACGAGAAGACUGAUGAUUAAGGGAAGCGUUCGUGCAGUCCAAUUUUUCCAAGUUGCUGUGGUGUCUUGCAAAUAUUUCUUGAUGGUAAAAUUGACGCUUCAAGAGAGAGAUCGACUUUUCGACGUAUAUCCUGAUUUAUUUGAUUAUUAAUAUUAUAGUUAAACAUCGUUACUUUUAUACAUGUUGCGUUCUUCGUUACAAAGCAAACGUGUCUUUUGUUGUAAUUGUUGACUUUUUCCGUUCGUUAAAGUUUGUUGGUUGCUAUUACCAUUUACGUUACAUCUUUUACGUUGCACUGUCAAUGUCGAAACAGACGUCAGUAGAGAAGUAUUGUAUAACAUGCCAAAAUGUAGCCAUUGUUUCUGGCCAAUGCCAUCGGUGUAUCAAUGCGCAAUAUAUAUUUAGAGAAGUACAUUUUAAAAUAUAUUAAAUUUUAUCGUGCAGAAAGUAAUCUAUAAUAACGUAAUCGCGCUGCUUAGGUGAGAGAUAUAGAGAUCUUCACUUUUAAUUUAAUGUGCCGAUAGAUAGGUAAAUAAAUAGAUAAUAAUAAAUAUAGCCAAUUAUUUCGUUGAAUUGUUGCUCUUAUGUAUUUUAUAUUUCUCAAUGUUUAAUUUAUUAAUUUUAUUUAUUAAUUUAUUCAUAUU